CAUAGCAACAAAAAGAAAUAUAAAACAAAGAAAUGAAUGUAAUCAAUACUUAUGAAUUUUUUCUUUCUGACAAAAUUAUUAAUGAUAAAAAAAACCCCAAAAUUUCAGCCUGACUAAACGGUUGUCUAUUUUUGAUCUGAACGCAUUCAUUCUUUCUCCUAUAUACUCGAAAUUUGUGUAACAUAAAUAUUAAAUUAAUUCUCUUACAGACGUAUUUCGAAACUUCUUAAUAAAACAAACACUAUACUUCACGAUUAAAAAUACUUUAAUAUAUACUUUAUAACCUUGAAAAUUAUAGUAAAAUGCGGUCAUACCAAAAGAUAAUGCCCUUUGUUGUUGUGUAAGGAAGUGUUCCGCAUGAUUACCAAAGUGUGUUUAUUUCUGAUGGAGAUCUGAAAAUAGAACAAUCUCAAAAUCCUGAAUGAAAUUUUAAAAUAAUGACUCAAGAAAUAAAACAUCUUCCUUUGCAAAGCACUGCCAUAAAAUGUGCCAAUGAAUUCACAUCAUUGGAGCCAGAUGCUGGGGGUGAAGGCAGCUUUUAUGAUGAUCCCAAUGACAUUAUUGUUUUAAGAGAAAAGCUGAAAGCAGCACAAGACAGUAUUCGAUUUUUACAAGAUGAACAUGCUCUUAUGUUGAAAGGUCUUCAUGAAGAAAUAGAAAGACUACAGGAUUUAUGCAGAGAUCUACAGUUUCGUUGUGAAACUUCAGGUUGCUUGCUUCCAGAUAGCGAAUUUUUUAAAUGCAGUCCUGACUGCCUCGAGCAAAAAGUGAAUAACCUCCUCAAAGAAAACGCUGAUCUCAAGAGAAAACUUGUAGAAAGCCAUCAAGCUAUCGAUAUCCUAGACCAAAAAGAAAAACUAGCUCUGUGGCAGCACCAUCAAGAAAUGGAACAACGGGACAGCGCCAUCUUACGACUAGAGAAGGAACUUGAAGCAAAAUGUACCACUAUCGCCCAACUCACGUCCCAAGGGGCCAGGCGGAAAAAGGGUAGCUUCUGGCGCCGUUUUAGUUUUGCCAAUUCUAACCAUCCCUCAACAUCUCAUUCAGCACCUCACUCCAAACUCCAGCCAUCACGAGUGGAACACCUCAGCCGUGAAGAUCUUCCAUCCGAAAUGCAGAACUCCCUCCAGUCUUUAGAAUCUCAGUACCAAAGCUAUUCAUCCUAUUCCUCCCUCUCUGACAAGAGCGUCUCUGAUGACGAAGGUUUCAAUCAGCGCUGUGAUGGUGAUGGACAGAACGAGGGUCUUCAAGAAUCGGGACUGUCGGUGAAGUUACCUCCUAUCUCCAAUUUGCCACUGGUGUCCAGCCGCCAGCUGGUGCGACAUCAACUGCGGAUUAAGAAUCUGGCCAGUAAGUUAACGACUGAUACAUUGGCCAUUGAUCAGAGACAAGUUCCAGAUGCGUCGAUAAAAAGGAUGAACAAAGCCUAAAUGUGCAAUUCGAUGUAUUUUUUUGCUCUGACUGUGAUGGCUAUAUAUUUUUGCAUGUGUAGAUAAAAACAUCCCUUGAUAUAAUUUAUUUAUUUUAAAAUUGGUACAUUUUUGUAAUUUUCAGAGAUAAAAAUGUCUAUUAUACUUUAUUUAUAACCAAA